AUGGAUAGUAUUCUCGUUUGGAAUAUUCGGGGUAUUGGAAAUCAGCGUUCCAUCAGAACUGCUACAAGGCUUAUCAAUUCUCACAAGUCUUGGAUCGUUGUCAUUUUAGAACCUAUGAUUGCCGAUGAAAAGAGAGUCAAAACCGGUCUAAAACUCGGUUUCCACUCUUUAUCCAAUGUGGCUGAAGGUGAUAAGAUUUGGUUGUUCUACCAAAAUCAUAUUUCCGCAUCAAUUAUUGUUUCUUCCUCUCAGUCCCUGACCCUUGCAGUUAAUUUUCAGCAAUUCACAUCUCCUAUGUAUCUCACAUUUGUGUACGCUAGCUGUGACAGAUAUCGUAGAACAUUGUUAUGGCAGGAAUUAUCAGUUCUUUCUAGGUCCUUGCAGGGUAUGUGGGCAGUAAGCGGAGAUUUUAAUGCAGUGACAGAUACUUCUGAAAGAAGGAGCAGGUCCCAUCAGUCCAGUCCAAGCUCUGAAGAGCUUGUUGCUGCAAUUAAUGAUGUCGGCCUAAUGGAUGUAGGUUUUGUGGGUCCUAGAUUUACAUGGUGCAACAAUCAAGCUGGUGCUUCUAAACGUCCCUUCGGGUCCGAAGCCUUUCAGAUUUCAGCAGAUGUGAACCCACCAUGA